AUGGGCUCAGACGUGCGGGACUUCAACACCUUACUGCCGCCGCCUCCGCCCGUGCCGGCCCUCCCCGCCAGCAGCGGCGCCACCACCUGCGGGCCCUUGCCCGUCAGCAGCGCCCCUCAGUGGGCCCCCAUGCUGGACUUCCACCACCCCACCGCCGGGACGCCCUACAGCUCCCUGCCCUCGCACUCCUUCAUCAAGGAGGAGCCCAGCUGGAGCGCGGCCGCCGACCCCCACGAGGACCCCUACUGCGGAAUCAGCGCCUUCACCGUGCACUUCUCCGGCCAGUUCACGGGCACCGGGGCCUGCAGGUACGGGGCCUUCGGGGCCCCGACGCCCUCCGGCCACACUCCGGCCCUCACGCAGUCCACCCAGCCCAGGAUGUUCGCCAACAGCCCCUACCUGUCCAACUGCAUGGACACCCAGCCCCCCUCUAGGAACCAGGGUUACAGUGCAGUGGCUCUGGAUGGAGCCAGCAACUAUGGACACACUCCCGCUCACUACCCCUCGCAGUUCGCCAACCACACCUUCAAGCACGAGGACCCCAUCCCUCAGCCCACCAGCAUGGGUGAGCAGCAGUAUCCAGUCCCUCCCCCAGUGUACGGUUGUCACACGCCGUCAGACAGUUGUGGAGGCAGCCAAGCGCUGCUGCUGAGAAACCCUUACAACAGCAGUGAUAAUUUAUACCAAAUGGCAUCUCAGCUGGAAUGUAUGGCAUGGAACCCCGUUAACACGCUGGCUUCUACCAUUAAGAGCCAUGCCGCGGGUUACGAGAGUGAUCCCAACACGCCCAUGGUCUACAGCUGCAGCACGCAGUACCGCAUCCACACACACGGCGUCUUCAGAGGCAUACAGGACGUGCGCAGGGUGCCCGGCAUCAACCCAGCCCUGGUGCGCUCCUCGGAGACCAAUGAGAAGAGGCCCUUCAUGUGUGCCUACCCCGGCUGUAACAAGCGCUACUUCAAGCUCUCCCACCUCCAGAUGCACAGCCGCAAGCACACAGGUGAGAAGCCAUACCAGUGUGACUUUACGGACUGUGGCAGGCGGUUCUCCCGGUCGGACCAGCUGAAGAGACACCAGAGGAGGCACACAGGAGUUAAACCGUUCGAGUGCGAGACGUGUCAGCGAAAGUUCUCGCGGUCUGACCAUCUUAAGACCCACACCCGGACUCAUACAGGUAAAACAAGUGAGAAGCCCUUCAACUGUAGGUGGCCGAAUUGCCAGAAGAAGUUCGCCAGGUCGGAUGAGCUGGUACGGCACCACAACAUGCACCAGAGGAACUUGACCAAGCUGCAGUUGGCCAUCUGAGGUCGUCGAACUCAGGCUUGGUCCCGAUGCGAUGCGAUGCGAUGCGAUCCCAUCUACGCACCCCCAACGGAGCAGAGUCGCAGCACACGGUCGCCUCCUCAAGCUCCUCAGGACCAAAACAAAAGCAAGCAAGAGAGUCAUUAUCUGAUUGUCAAUAUCUAUCCUCCACUUGCCUCCUCCAUCCUCUGACCUUGUGCCUUUGUCAUAAAGGACAUCUCAAUACUGCCCUACAAAGGCAAAGUGCAGUAACAGGCCUGAAGGCAUGAAAAAGUAUUGGUCUUAGGUUGGAUAUUGUAGCUACUGAAAAUGUGACAUAGCAAUAUCUCUUUAACUGGCCACCUUUGGACCAUGAGGUGUUAUGAAGACCAUUUUCAGUCUAAACUCAAUGUCGACAUAAUAUGUCGUUACUGCACUUUGCCUUUGUAUGGCAGUAUACCUGAAAAGGUGGGAGGGAGGAGCGCCAUAGAAGCGAGGCUCCUCUGUCCUCCCUGGAUUCUUUCGUCACUGUAAACAUUGCA